AUGGAUCGUCAACCAACCGCCAUCAAUACAGACCACACCUCUCCCCCAUCUGAAGCUCCUACUUCCCCAUCCGCUCAAGCUGGUGCCGACCGUUGCAUGCGCCACACGAAUAGCUGGACACCGUCAAUUCAGCGUCGACAGAGUUGGAGUCCCGAGGAGCGAAAGCACGAGAUGCACAUGGACAAGAUUGGGCAGGUUAACACGGGGCCUGGAUUUACAGAGCGCGAGGGUAAUUGA